AUGGAGGCGCAGGGUGGCCACCGCUGGGCAGGAGAAACCCGCCGCGAUGGCGUUGGCGUCGGCGGCUCUAACUACAUCGCCAAGCACGUCGGAAUCCAAAACCAGGUGUUGAAGUGGCUGCAGCAUUUCUCUGACAGGGUGGAGGAGAGAGCUAAAGAGGCUGCCGCGGAGGUGAAUGGGCUGCUGGAGGAGGCCGGGGCGCUGGAGCUGGACAUGAAGACGGCUGUGCUCGCCUUCGACAAUCUCACCAGGCAAAGGUUCACUGAACAUAAAGUUUCUGAUGAAGAUCAUAUAAACUUGAAAACAAGAGACAGUAUACGAAGUUCUACUCAGUCGCAAGUGCGAGCUCAGGAUUAUGAACGUGAUAUUUUACCAAGAUACAAAGAAGCAUUACAUAUAGGACUUGCUUCCUGUAAGGAUCACUUUCAAAAGAAAGGCCGUUCGACCACCUCUGUUUUCAGGGCUAUGUCCACAUACAGUCCUCUCCCGCAUAUUAUUGGUUCUGAAGAGUAUAAUCAUGAUAAUAGUUGUGGCUUAGCAGAUGAUGCACAAACUAUGACUGAUGACUUCAGCUGGUUGCGAGAGUUUCAAGGGGAGUCUUCAGACUCUGGUCCUGAUGAUCUAUUUGGAUCUCAAAUGCUUGGAGUGCAGCAAGGUUUUGAAAAGGGGGAAACGGACUCUCUAGUAUCUGCGUCACGAGAAUUCAGAGCAAUGUUGGAAGCUGCACUUGUUAAUCCUUACAAGUUCUAUGAUGAUGCGAGUAUUACAGCACGAGGUGCUUCCAUAGAGAAUACAAGCACAAAUGAAGUACACCAUAACACAGACCCAGCUUUGGCAACCAGGAUGGGUGGAGCAGCGGGUGAAGAGGCUGAACUUCUGGCAAGCUUACAAAACCCAGACAUCCAUGUUCAUGACAUCUAUUCUGCCUUGGUUAGAGAGGGCCUGUUUGAUGCAGGCGAUGAGAUACUAGCCGUGGACCCAGCAUCAGGAUCGGACAAUCCUGCAGUUGCUGAUUCAGCUGAAAGUCCCUCCCUGGUGAAUGAAACUGUUCUAAAUGAGGACGACGAAAAAUUGAUUGAAGACGAAAAUGCUGCAUCUCCCGUCUGA